CGACAUUUCACCCCCACCAUGGACAGUGAAGAGGGACCUCCCAGAGUCGCCCUGGACUUGACGCACAUUGUCUACCCCGAUGAAUCCCUCUUCUCAUGGUUCCUUGCGCUGUCCUCGCUCACUCCUAUUCUACUAAUGCCAGCGUACGCUGCCCUAGCCGUACAAACACGCGAAUACCUCGUGCUUGUGAUGUGGACCGGUCAACUGGCCUCUGAAGGCUUCAACUGGGUCCUAAAACAUAUUAUUAAGGAAGACAGGCCAUAUGACGAAGUAGGACAAGGCUACGGCUUCCCCUCCUCCCACUCCCAGUAUAUGGGCUUCUUCUGGGCCUUCCUGACGUGCCACCUAUAUUUUCGGCACCGCUUCGCGUCGACCGGCAGCGCUGCUCUUGACAAAGGCUUCAGGCUCUUUGUAUACGCUGCGAUCGCAUUUGUGUCCGGCGCCGUGGCAUACUCCAGAUACUACCUUCGAUAUCACUCCGCACGACAAGUCCUCUGGGGCUUCUCCAUCGGCGUCGCCCUCGGUACCGCACUCUAUGCCUUGGCCGUGCACAUCCCGACAAGGCGCCCGAAGUCCAUCCUAGGGCGCUUCAAGACAUGGCUAAUUGCAAACCCAAUAUCAACAUGGUGCCAAAUGAGGGACGGAUGGGCAGUAUGGCCGGACGCUGGACGCGAGACAGAGUGGAAGAGGUGGAGGGAACAGUGGGAGGCGUUGAAGGCCCGGGAGGAGAGGGAGGCCAUGAGGAAACACACGUAAAGUCCUGUAUCUUUGUGCAUGCCCUCCCACCUAUCUCAGGCUUAUACGAUACUGCCGAGCGUGCUGCAU